UAUGUCCAGACUGCAGCGGUGCUGGUGAGUGGUACAACAAGACUUAGCUUGGGUAGGGAAUUACAAACGACAACUCAGACAGACUGAAAUUAAAUACCAGACAUACUUUGACCAAGAGUGGCUUCACAGCGCUGGGAAAAAUCACUUUUAAUUUGAAAAGAUUUCCAUUUCGAGAAGAUUCUCCUCCGAUUGGAGAAGACGCGCCACUAACCACAGAUAAAGGACAUACAUUGUAAUAAAUUCUUUAAUUUUUUUUUACCACAUUUGAUGCAGUUUCCAUUGCAGAAGAUGUGUUCCACUGUGUGUUUGGUCUUUUUACUCCUGUGCGUAAUGAACGCGGCACUUCCCACUCCAUUUGAAUCAGAGGAUAUUGUACCUGUGCGGAUAAAUGGAAGACUCAGCGGUCGGUUUUGGAAAAGAAGCGAGGAACUGCCUCGAUUUACCCUGAGUGCAUUUGGCAAGGACUUGACUCUAAACCUUAUACCAGAUACCAGCUUUAUCGCGCCUUCCUUCACCAUACAGCGCAUCAAAGCCAGAGAUGUUGGCGCUUUACGCAGCGCUUCAGGUGCCCAGCCUGCCGCGGAUCUCCAGCAGUUCAUGAACCAGACAGAGGAGAGUGAAGGGCAGCUCAGGAGCUGCUUUUACUCGGGGAAUGUAGAUGAUGAUCAGAGCUCGGUUGUGGCUGUCAGUUUGUGCUCAGGCAUCUUUGGCUCCUUCAUCACGGAGGGGAAAGAGUAUUUAAUUGAGCCCAAACAUCGCGGCGGCCUGGGGCCAGACUCUGUCGAGCAGCUGCAUGUCAUCAAAAGGAGGACAUUCACCCAAAGCCACGGUGUUCCCCUACUGUUUGAUCACGCGGCGGCGGAGAGCAGAGCGGAGAAGCACAAUGGGGAAAGUUUUACGCAUGAAGGCAGUGACGCACAGAGGGAACCUCGCCGGAGACGCUUUGUUUCCGCGCCACGGUUCAUAGAGACCCUGGUGGUAGCAGACUCAACCAUGACCCACUUCUAUGGAGAUGAAAUAAAGCACUACAUUCUGACCCUGAUGUCGAUGGCGGCCCAGCUUUACAAGCACCCCAGCAUAAAGAACUCAGUAAACAUGGUGGCGGUGAAGAUGUUGGUGGUGGAGGACGAGGAGGUUGGCCCGCAGGUGUCCAGCAACGGAGGUGUGGCGUUGAGGAACUUCUGCUCCUGGCAGCAGAUCUUCAACCCGCCGAGCCAGAGGCACCCGGAGCACUAUGACACUGCCAUGCUCUUCACCAGAAAGGACAUCUGCGGACAGAAGAGCUGCGACACACUGGGUGUGGCCGACGUCGGGACGAUGUGCGAUCCCAAAAGAAGCUGCUCAGUUAUCGAGGAUAACGGCCUGCAAGCUGCCUUCACAGCUGCACACGAGCUGGGUCAUGUGCUGAGUAUGCCUCAUGACGACUCCAAGACCUGCGAGAGGCUGUUUGGAGAUCUGGGAGGACAUUACCUGAUGGCGCCGCUGUUUGUCAGCCUCAACAAGACUGUGCCCUGGUCUCCCUGCAGCGCUCUCUACAUCACCGAGUUCUUUGACAACGGACAUGGGGACUGCCUGCUGGAUGUCCCAGAGAGCACCAUUCCGUUACCCAGAGAGCUGCCAGGCACCAAGUACAGCCUGGACCAGCAGUGCCAGCAGAUGUUUGGAGAGGAGUUCGUCCAUUGCCCCAACUCCUCCGACACGGAUACUUGCAGCCAGCUGUGGUGUCAGGAGGAUGGGACGCAGCAGUGCUCCACCAAGAACGGCAGCUUGCCCUGGGCUGACGGCACCCCUUGUAACUUCAACAGGACCUGCCUCCACGGAGAGUGCAUGCCGACUCAGGAGGUGAUGCAGCCACUGGUGGUUGUGGACGGCGGCUGGAGCUUGUGGGGGCCGUGGCAGCAGUGCUCCAGAACAUGUGGAGGUGGGGUGGAGUUCUCCUACAGGGAGUGCACUAACCCUGUGCCUCAGAAUGGAGGGAAGUACUGCGAGGGACAGAGGGUCCAGUACCAGUCCUGCAACACGCAGCCCUGCGACAACAACGACGGAAAGAGUUUCAGAGAGGAGCAGUGUGAGAAGUACAACAGCCCCAACUACCUGGACUACAACGGUAACAUGAAACAGUGGAUCCCAAAGUACGCUGGUGUUUCUCCCAGAGACAGAUGUAAGCUGUUCUGCAGGGCCAGGGGCAGCAGUGAAUUCAAAGUGUUUGAAUCCAAGGUGAUCGAUGGUACGACCUGUGGCCCUGACACCACAUCGGUGUGUGUCCAAGGCCAGUGUGUGAAGGCGGGCUGCGACCAGGUGAUUGGAUCCAACAAGAGAGUGGACAAGUGUGGAGUGUGUGGAGGAAGUGGGCUCACGUGUAGAAAGAUCACAGGCUCCUACAACAAAGCAACCUAUGGAUACAGCGACAUUGUCACAAUUCCUGUUGGUGCUACCAACAUUGACAUCAAACAGCGGAGCCACAAAGGAAUCAAACAUGAUGGGAACUACCUGGCUAUAAAGAAGGAGGGUGGCGGCUACAUACUCAACGGGAACUUCUCUGUAUCCACGGUGGAGCAGGACAUUCCUGUGCUGGGUGCGGUGCUAAAGUACAGCGGCUCCUCCACCACACUGGAGAGGAUCCAGAGCUUCAGGCAGCUGAAGGAGGCCAUCACUAUACAACUCCUUGCCACUGCGGGAGACGCCAACCCUCCCAAGGUCAAAUAUACCUUUUUCAUCCCUAGAGAUGUGACCUUCAACAAAUCCAAGGAAAAGAAGGGCUCGUCAUUGUCUUUGCAUGUGAUCCAUCCAUUCGGUGUGCCUGACUGGGUGCUUGGGGAGUGGUCUGAGUGCUCCAAGAGCUGCGGCUCCGGAUGGUCCAGGAGGAACGUUGAAUGCCGAGACGACGCGGGCUUCCUCUCCAGCCAGUGCGACAAAGACCUGAAGCCCGUAGACAUCAGGCCUUGUGGGGAUCUGCCAUGCCCCAUAUGGCAGAUGGGACCUUGGUCCGUCUGCUCGCGAACUUGUGGUCAGGGAGAGCGCCGCCGCAGCGUCUUCUGCAUAGACUACACUGGGAAGACUGUUGAGCCAGAGAAGUGCGAUCCGAAAAAAAUCCCAGAGCCAGUCUCCGGAGAAUGCCUCAACCAAGAGUGCUUAUGAAGAACAUGAGUAUAGUGAACUUUCCCUUUUUGGUCUGACUGCACUUAGCAAACAUGGAUGGAUUACAGAACGGGCACAUUGGGCACAGGCCUAGGGACCCAACAGGGCAGGGGCAGAGACACAAUAUAACCACCAAGAGACAUAUAACCACACUGACAUUAAAUGACUACAAAGAGACACAUAACGAAUACAAACGAAUGCAUAACAACUACAAAGAACAUCUCUACUUUAUUUUUGUGUCUCUGAGAUUCUGAGAGUUCUGGUCCAGCUGUAAAAGUAAAAGUUUUUGUGUCUCUUUCAGUCUGGAGGUCUUGCUUCUAUGUAGGAGGGGUGGGGGGACCUUUUACAUGUCUGUGCCCAGGGGCCCAUUGCCUCAUAAUCCGUCCAUGCUACCAACUGGUCACAUCAAGUCACAUCAGGGGCAUUUGCCUGAAUAUUGUUUGGUCUUCUUUUGUUGACAUUUGACAACCACUAUAGAGAUUUGUAACGGUGGAAAUCUACCUCAGAAUGUACAUGUGAUGCUAUGUAUAGAUACGAGAUGAAGGUGCUGUGUGUACGUUUUCUCCAGAAAGAGAAGUUCUCGCCCCACUUAAAGCAGAAACUAACUUUUUGGAUGAAGUCUGGUAUAAUCUGCACUGUGUCUUGCUAAGUUAGGUAUCAUUUAAAGUGGGGCUGGGACAAAGGCAUUAAAUCUGCUGUCAGACACCAGCACAGUGUAAAUAUACCUCCUAUUGUCCUCCACAGAACUCAGACCCCUAUAAAACUCUGAUCGAGCCAUUUACUGCUUAUUGAGGUAGAUACAUAUGAUUGGUGCAUUGGAAUUGUAAAGGGAUGGGUCAGAUUUUUUGAAGCAGAGUUGUAUGGGGUACUUAUCUAUAGACAGUAUGUUAUAUACAGUAGAUGUGAGUCGACAUGCCCCCAGUGUGGAGAAGCAGGCUGGUGUCGAACAUGGAAACUAGGCCUACUGCUGUGGAUGGGAGGAGCAGCAAAACACACUUUAACCACCUUUAAGAGGCGUACCUAAAGAAAUCUACCAUUUAGAAUAACAAAAAAACAAGUGGUUAAUAAGGAACUGAUGACGAAUGACUGAGUUACUAUUAGUUCAUGGUCAGUUCUUGACGAACUCCCAGUCAAAUGUCAAACACAAGCUAAUCAUCAGUUAAUAAUUGGUUAAUCGUUUUUUGUGUACCUUAUUGUUAAGUGUUACCAAAAAAACAACAGGAAAAUGACGCCAUUAUAACGCUUUCCCUUAUGCCAGACUCCACUGAGAAAAACAUUGAUUUAAGAUCACUGAACACACGAGCUGCUGGUCUACUGCCGCCUCACACAGUUUUUGUUUUUUUGUUAUUCUGUGACUUGGCAUUUUAAGAGGUUAGUUUGAAAUCACCAAAGUCACAAAAUAACACAUAUUAACAAACUAAUCGAAGCAGCUAAAUUUACUGUUUUUGUCAAUGGAGUCUGGUGGCUUCGACUGAUAAUGAUUUCAUUAGGUGGGACUUUUUUAGGUAGCUAAAAUGUGUUUUUUUUUGCUACCCCCACCCACAGCGGUACAUUGUUUAGCUUCCAUGUCAGACUCAAGCCUGCCUCUCCAAACAGGGGGUGUGCCAACUCACAUCUACUGUCUGUAGCACACUGACUAUCCAUGAGUGCCCCAUACAGCCCCACUUCAAAAACUAUUCCUUUAAGCCUCUGGGAAAUGUGUUCCUGUUUGAUUGCUUCUCUUUUCUACACAAAAUGUGUUGUGAUAAAUGAUUGUGAUGAAGCUGUCGUGUUUUUACCUUGAAAAUCUGCAUUGUUGAACUGAAGGAAAACCCAUUCAGUGACGCUAAAUCUGACCUUACAGCCUACAUCAGAACAGAUUGUUUCAAUGCUGAACUAGACUUUAGAAUUAACAGAUGUCGAUAAAGUUUGAGUUUACACGGUGUGUAAAAUGAAUUAGCAUAGAUAAUGACUGGUCCUUCAUGACCAGAGAAACAGAGAGAGAAUAUUCCUCUGCCCUGUAGUUAAAUUUAAGCCUUUCCCCAGGUGCUGUUGAGAGGAACAGUGGUACAAACAACCUGAAAUGCAACAAAUGUUUAUUUGGAGGAAUUAUUACUAACUUAAGUGAUAAGCAUACUAUCUAUCAUGUAUAUGAAAAAUAACAAUUUUAUUAUUUUCCAGACUUUUAUUUGUUAAUGCAUCAUAUGCAAAUGCUCACAGUUGUUUUCAGACUCUUGUAUGUAUAUUUGAUUUCUUCAUUCCUGUUGUUAAUUUACAUUAUGUUAUAAAACAAAAGAGAUGGAGCAUUAGGCCGAUAUCCCUUCAGUGAAGGACCAUACUAUUUUAUUAUUACAGCUUCCUUUUUAAGCUAUUUAUUUUUGUAAAAUUUUUACCUUGGACAUGUAAUUAACAUGGCAGAUGCUGCUGUCUUUGAGAUUUUUGUCUAUAAAAUGGUCAAAUAAACACAUUUAUGUCAA